AUGAACAGCACUGCUUAUUGUAAAAUGCUUAAAACAUCUCUAUUAACAUUUCUUGAAAGUAAUAAUAAUAAUAUUAAUGAUGUAGAUAGCGAUUUAAAUGAUAUUUUUCAACAAGAUAAUGCACCUUGUCAUCGAGCUCGUGCAACCAAUAUAUGA